GACAAUUGUGUGAAGCACAGAGCGGGAUCAAAGUCUCUGGAACACGAGACCCCUCCCAGUGAGUGUUGACACCGCCCACCAGGCAUUGGCUCCGCCUGGGUGUUAAACAACAUCGACUGGAGCUGGCGGAUGCGAGCAGCCGGAGUCAGUACCUUUGUGUUGCUGGGGGAGAGGGAGCGGGGUGAGUGACCUGUGGCCAGGACAAGUUGAUGUGAAAUGGCUUAUCGCAACAGCAGAGAAAAUAAGAGGAACUGCACGUUUGUCCGGAUUUUCCUGCCUCUGAUUAUUGCCAUCGUUUUUCUUCAGACAUCUGACUGUAAAAAUCACCAAUGGCACAGCCUCAGUUUGUCUCAUCAUUGGCCUCAGACUGUGUGUUUGAUGGCAAGUGAAACCUGCAAAGUUCCUCAAAAUAUUGAUUACUGGACAGUUCAUGGCCUUUGGCCCAAAGGAGAUGAAUUAUGCAACAAGACCUGGCAUUUUGAAAUCCAAAAUGUAAAGGACAUUUUACCGAAAUUAAAACUCUGGUGGCCUGAUGUGCUUCAUCCCAACAGUACUCAGUUCUGGAAACACGAAUGGGCGAAACAUGGAACCUGCGCAGCUACGUUGCAAUCCUUGAACACCCAGGAGAAGUACUUCAGCAAAACACUGGACCUGUUCCACACAAUCGACCUGAACAGUGUUCUUAAGAAGUUUAAUAUUCUCCCUUCGUCCAACUAUUAUACGUUGGAGGUCAUUGAAAGUGCGCUUGUGUCAGUCUAUGGGGUUAUGCCGAAAAUUCAGUGCCUUAAGCCAGAGGGAAGAUCAGCUCAAAUCCUGGGUCAGAUUGAACUGUGUUUCACCAAAGACUUUGGCCUGCUGAACUGCACACACGAUGUAUUCAGCACCCACACUACUGGGAAUGACAGACAGUGUGCUAACUAUUUAGGUUUAUCAGUGUGUGACCCACAAGAGCAAAUCUAUUACCCUCCGAUUGAGCACCUGUAUUGAGUGUGAGAGUUUACUGCUAGUGGUUUCUAUUCUGCAGGUUCACUGGACGGUACAGCACAUUGACUUCUUUGGUAUCCGAUACAAUGCAGCUGUCAGUUUGAGUACAGUGUCAAAUGUUAAUAUCAAGAAACCAUGCUAGCAUUGCAUGAUGGGUCAGUCAGUUUUUCCAAAAGGCAAAUUAAUGUCACCAAAAUGAAUUUCUAUUUUUUUAUGACUUUAUUUUAGCCAUUUUCAAAAUCAUUUUCACUUCUACUAGCACCAUUUUUUCAUUUGGUGUGGAAUUAUUUAAAACAAAUGAUUUUAAAACUGGUUUUCAAAGCUCAUAUCUGCAUUACUACCAAGUUAAGCUAUAAGCUGGCCUUAUUGCUCUAGUUGAUUUUAAACUAUGUUUUCAGUAGUCACCAGUUUAUUAUGAAAUUUGGUGUUGAACUAGCAAUACCUAAUUGUGGUGCUGAUCCUUAUGGGCAGGAAACCAAAGUCAUUGAUUUAUCAUGUAAAGGACAAGGAAUGCAUAGACCUUAAAGCUUUAGUCAUUCCUUCAUGCUGAUUUUUAGAUUAGGUUCCCUACAGUGUAGAAACAGGCCCUUCGGCCCAUCAAGACCACACCGACCCUCCGCAGAGUAACCCAGUCGCCCCUCCCCCCUCCCAAUGCUCCUAACAACUAUGGACAAUUUAGCAUGGCCAGUUCACCUGACCUGUACAUCUUUGGAUUGUGGGAGGAAAGUGGUGCACCCGGACGAAACCCACGCAGACACUGGGAGAAUGUGCAAACUCCAUACAGACAGUCACCUCAGGCUGGAAUCGAACCUGGGACUCUGGUGCUGUGAGGCAGCAGUGCUAACCACUGAGCCACCGUGCUGCCCCUCAUGUCUUUCUUGGCCACUAAAGCAGCCAAAAGAACAUGGUGCCCGCCUUAGACUCUGGUGGAGAGUCUGAGCUUAUACCAGGCUUUCACUCCACAUUUCCUGCUUUAUUGGCACACACUCCUCACUGUGAUGUCCCCUCAUACCCUUCAUCUGAGGCAGUGCUGGCUUGUACACCUGGAGGUUCCUCACAACUAGUGGUUAAUGGGCACAUGCCUGCACUGGAUCCCACAUUCAAUCCACCCCGAUGCUGCUUCCUAUAAAGAGAACUGUGUGUGGCUGCUUUGGUAAAUUUUAAAAUCUCCCAUUCCAAUACAAACCUUUUGUCCUGUCUCCUGGGCUUUAUUUGAUAAAAGAAAAGUACUUUGUGGAUCUGUCUCAGUCUCUUUUGCUGGAAUCAUCAAUCACCAUUGCGAUAAUUCCACCCUUAAACAUAUUGGAGAACAAAGAUGGGUUUCAACAUACUUUAAUGAAUAAUUAAACUAAGCUGUUUCAAAACAGUGACUCAGCUAAAAUCACUUGCAUUUUCUAGACACUUCUUAAAUUUGAGGUCUUUUGUGUUUUAUGUAAUAUUUCAUGAAAAUAUUAAUAUGUAAUCCAAUAAAUCAUUGAAUUCAUUUAAAUUAUAACGAUGCAAUUCUAACUGAGCUGGAGGAUUUUACAAUUCUGUAGUCAAGAACUUGCCUUUCCCAAGUACAUCCCAAAGCCUCCCUGAAACAUCAAUCAUAAGGUUUUGCAUCAAAAUGUUCAGUCCUACGAGAUCAGUUUUAUAAAAGAGAAACAGAGGGGGUGAUAGAGCAGAAAUUCAAUCAAGUACAAUGGAGGGACAGGCAAUACAUGUACCCUGUGAACAAUAUAUUUUUUAAAAACUGUAUGAGAAAUAUCCAAGAGACUGCCGUUUUUCUCUGGUGGCCUUUUACAAAAUGUUCGUUUUUUUUUGUAAAAAUAGGGAUGAAGUUCUUUAGCUGUAUCCAAUAAUGACAGAACUUGCUGGACUAUGCAGAACCCUUCCUCUGGUUUUUAUACAAACCUAAACAUAGGAGUGGGCCAUUCAUCGAUCUUGGCUAAAGAGCUCCUGAUGCCGCAGUGUGGGGAAACCUGCCUCCAGUGAAUGUAGAGGCAGAAGUGUCAGGGAGAAACGUUCGAUACCACAGCUUUGGAACAGACUGUGUCUGCAGUGCUAAAGUGGGAAAGGUCUGACAUACUAAAAAUUGCAGCUCGGGUGUGUGUCUUGUACAAUCCACCAGGCAAGUUAUUUGUGUUUAAACACAAUCAGAAAGUGGUGGAGAAAGGCAGCAGUCUGACACCAUCUGUAGGGAAAGUAGUAAAAGAUAACGUUUCAAGUCCAUAAUGACUUUUUUAUUUUGAGCUGAAUGGGUCUGAAAAAACUGUCAACAGCAAUGAGAGAGGGGAGGAGCAAAUGGAACAGGAGGUGAGGGUGCCUGGAGCAAAAGGAAUGCCAUUGGUAGGAGAGGAGGGUGGAUCAUUGGUAGGAUCAUGGGUGUCAAGAAUCAGAGAUUGAGAGCAAACCUAACAAUGGAGUACUGUUCAUUUUCUAAAUAAACCUUCAUUAUCAAGGUCACUUUCUGCUGCCUAUGUUUUUGUAUUGUGCAAUAUGAAUAAUGUAUUACAGCAUUGAUAUGAAUUGUUCAAUAAUUUACAGAUGGUUUAUCAUAACUUGCCUUUCAAAGAAAAUAAAAUUAACUUGUAUAUUAAAAUCA